AUGGAUGCCCCAAACAGACGUGUGGUUAUCAAUGUUGGUGGGGUUAGAUUUGAGACCUAUGCCAGCACUUUGCAGACAUUCCCGGGGACAAAGUUGUCCAACCUUGCAGAAUCCACGGCCUACAGUACGACCGACUAUGACCCGCAGCGAAAUGAGUUUUUCUUUGACCGGAAUCCUGUGGUCUUUGGGUAUGUGCUGGAUUUCUACAGGACCAAGCACCUCCAUUGCUCAGGAGAUAUGUGCAAAUCUGUGCUAAUGGAAGAGCUAAACUUUUGGGAGGUGAACAGUAGCCAGAUGUCCUAUUGCUGCUGGCUGAAAAUGAACAACAUGGUCAGCAAUUUGGAAGAUAUUGGCAUGUGGGAUGAGGUCUCGCACCAUGACCAGCAGCUCCUUGUCCAGACUGAUAGGGUGGAUUAUGGCUGGCGUGCUCGGUGGCAGCCAAAAGUGUGGACCCUCUUUGAAAUGCCCUUCUCGUCACUGAUCUCUAUGGUAAGCUGGUUCAUUUUUACCUACACUGGAGACCAUGAGUUGUUGUCCUCUUUCUCACUUGCUUUUCUAAAUUAUAGGGGGAUUCCUUUGAUCUCACCAAUUUAACCAUACAUGAUUAUUCACUAAAGUUUCAAUUUAGGUCAAAAUAGCUGAACUAGAAAAUUAAUUUAUGCUUAUAGUUUGGCUGCUUUGGCCUUUGAAUUUGAAGUUCACUUUGAAUCCUCACUUUAGUAAACAACUAAUAGUGUCACAUCCCACUGGGACAAGCACAAUCACCAAACAGACAAAACAUACUUGUAUUUGGAAGAUUGUACCAGAUAACAUACACUUCUAGUAUUGACAUGUGGUAGAUAUUACUAAGUGUCCAGAAUACGAACUCCAUUAACGACUGGGGGAGCUUGUCCUCAGUGCAGCUUUAUGAUUUUUUAAAGAAGUGGUCAACCUAGUGAAAAAAAUCACUGAGGAGCAAUGGAAUAACUUCAAACAAAUAUUAGAGAGAUAUAUUUCUCAGUAUGUACCAUUGGUAAAUAAAUAUAAAAAGAACAAAUUGAAACCAAUGUGGCUUAGUGGACAAGUAAAUCAAGAAAUUAAAAAUAAGAAAAGGACAUUUAAAGCAUUAAAAUCGGACAAAAAAAAUCUGAGACAUUUUAUAUAAGCUAUAAGAAAGACAAUAAUGCAUACAAAAAGGCGAUUAGAUUCGCUAAACUAUGAAAUUAGGAAGUUAUAGCCAAAGCAAGUAAAACAAACCCCAAAGCAGUUUUUUAAAGUACGUAAACUAAAAAAAAAAAAAAUGUACGGACACUGAAAACCAGAAAAAGGCUGACAUUUUUAAUAACUAUCUCUUCUCACACAUUAAGGAAUAACCUAUAGCUAGCGAGGCAAUCCCCUGAAAAAGGGGCCAUAGUGUGUUGUUUUGGGUGAAAAUGAAUAGAAGACCUAGUCUUAUUUUCGGGGAAACAUGGUAGUUGCAUUCUAUGAAGAAGUAGAAGUAUAGAUCACUAUGUUGUUGUUGUGGAUGUGAUCUACUUGAAUUUUGGCAAGGCAUUUGAUACGUUUCCACACAAUAGGUUAGUCUUCAAACUCAAAUAAAUUGGUCUAGACCAGGGGUGGGCAAUCUGCGGCCCUCCAGAGGUUUUGGACUACAUCUCCCAUAAUGCUCUUAGGGCCAUAAUGCUAGCAAAGCAUCAAGAGAGAUGCAGUCCAAAACAUCUGAAGGGCCGCAGAUUGCCCACCCCUGGUCUAGAUGAAAAUUCUUGCUCUUGGGUAGAACAUUGGCUUACAGAGUACAGAGUACAUAAAUGGUUAAUUUUCAAUCUGGACAAAAGUGGUAAGUGGUGUCCCUCUGGGUUCUGUUCUGAGACUGCUUCUAUUUUACAUAUUUAUAAAUGAUCUUAAAAUAAGCAUUGAAAGUCAUGUUUCAGUGUUUGCAGUGACCCAAAGCUCUUUAACGUAGUACACGGUGAGCAAGAUAUUACUUUGCUGCAGAGAGAUUUAUAUAGAUUGGGGGGCUGGGCACUCAAAUGGCAGAUAAAGUUUACUGUAGAAAAAUGCAAAGUUGUGCACUUUGGGGUAAAGAAUGCACAAGCAACUUACACCCUAAAUGGUAGUCAAUUAGAGAUAACGAGAAGAAUUUAUGAAUUGUAAAGACCACAAACUGGACAACAAUGUGCAAUGCCAAUCAGCAGUGGCAAAGGCCAGUAAGGUAUUGUCAUAUAUUUAAGGAUGAGAAUAUGAUUUUGCCUCUUUAUAAAUCACUGGUAAAACCACAUCUUGAAUAUGCUGUGCUAUUUUGGGCACCUAAAGAAGGAUACUGUGGCACUAGAAAAAGUGCAGAGGCGGGCUACAAAAUUAAUAAAAGGAAUGGAAUAUUUAUUAAAAAGGUUAACAAAUUUAAACCUCUUUAGUAUAGAAAACGGUGCCUCAGAGGGGAUAUGACAUAUAUCAUACAAAUAUAUCCAGGGCCAAUAGAAACCAUUGUCUGAAAAACUAUUCACAAACAGGACUAUACACAAGACAUGAAGUCACAUGUUUAAACUGGAUUUAGUCUAAGUAAAAGUAAUGGUUGUUUUUUUUUACAGUAAUAACAAUAAGGAUGUGGAAUUCUCUGCCUGAAAAAGUGGUUCUAUCAGAGUCUUUACAGAUGUUUAACCCCUUAAGGACCAAACUUCUGGAAUAAAAGGGAAUAAAAGGGAAUCAUGACAUGUCACACAUGUCAUGUGUCCUUAAGGGGUUAAACUAGAUGCAUACUUGCAGAAACAUAAUAUUCAAGGAUAUAAUUUAUAGUUUUUAAAUUGGGGGAUAAUAGCUUCUUGAACCAAAAGUAAAUCUUCUUUUGAAACAACAACAAAAAUGUGAGAAAGGCUGAACUUGAUGGACACAUGUCUCUUUUUAGCCUAUGUAACUAUGUAGCAGUCUGCUUUCAUAGCUAAUUCCAUUACAGAUUGAAUCUUAAUUUUGAUGUUUCCACUCUUAUAUCGUUACAGUGUGUCGCAGCUGUGUCACUUCUUUUCACCAUUGCAGCUAUAGUGAUCUUCUUUGAAGAGACAAAAGAGCAUUUUGUUUUUGUGGUGGCGAACGGAACAUCUGAUGCAGACAUUGAAUACUUUUCCCUGAAAUAUGAGUUUGAUUACCGCAAGGUGUCCUAUUUGCUUUAUCUGGAACUUGUUUGCAUCUUGUGGUUCAUUUUUGUGUUUUUCAUACGUUUCUUUUUCUGUCCGGACAAGAAAAAAUUCAUGAAAAAUCUUCUUAACUGGGUAGACUUCAUAUCUCUUUUCCCAGUCUUUGUGGAACUGAUGGCAAGAGGGCAAGUCAAACCAAUGGAUGACUUAUGGAUGGUCCUAGGCUUUCUUCGCACAUCCUACAUUCUCAAGUUGAUCAGAAUCAUCCUACAUAUCGAAGGCAGUCUCAUUCUGAGGGUCCUCUCUGGGACUUUGAAGGCAAUUAUGAAGGAGAUCUUCAUUCUCUUGCUGGUCCUGGCUUUUGAAGCACUGUUUUUUGCUACUUUGGAAUUCUAUGCAGAAUGUUCUGAAAUAGGAGUAAAUCAUGAGUCCAGUGUUUUAGGAGACAUCUACGCUUCCUGCUGGUGGGCUAUAAUCACUCUGACCACAGUAGGAUAUGGAGACAUAUAUCCUGUGACCACUUUUGGCAAAAUUGUAUCAAGUUUAACAGCCAUUUGUGGCAUCAUGACCAUUGUGAUACCAAUCCCCAUCCUAAUGAUAAAGUUUCAACAUUAUUACUCCAUAGCUUUAGCGAAGGAAAAGCUAAAAAAUCACAGGCACAAACAGCAAGGAUUAUAA